AUCCGAGUGAUUUCGCAACAAUCUAUUGUGCUGUUCGCAUGAUCCAGAGCCCCGAGUGCCCAGAGGAGGAGUAACCUACGGAUCCCUAGUGGGGACAGGGGAAGCAAGUCGUGGGGGAGGGAUCGGCUUCCCUCCCCGGGCAGGAGAACCUCGAAGCCAUCAGGUAUAAUUUACUGAACAUUAAACUACAUAGAGUCCUCCAAAUUUAUCUUUAUGGACAAGUUAGACCAAAUGAACCAGUCCCCUUCCACCGCAUCUGAGGGCCUGAGCGAUGCCCUGCCAGGUAGCCCAGCAACACCACAGCGUGUGCCGCUAAACCCUGGAGGUGGAGGCAAAGCCACCCCUCCAAGCAAAAACAGCAAAAAGAGUCAACGUUUGGAACGUGGGAGCGAAGAGUACCGUCAGCGUCGGGAGCGUAACAACAUGGCCGUCAAGAAGAGCCGCUUAAAAAGCAAGCAGAAGGCUCAAGACACACUGCAAAGGGUCAACCAGUUGAAAGAAGAGAACGAAAGACUGGAGGCCAAAAUCAAGCUUCUUACCAAGGAGCUGAGUGUGCUGAAGGACCUGUUCUUAGAGCAUGCACACAACCUGUCGGACAAUGUGCAGCCAGAAUCCAGUACACCUGGACAGGAGUCCGCUGGAUAAUAACCGAUUUGAAGAUCUACCACUGAUUAUUGGUGGAAAAGAAUAACUUUUUUGAGGGGUGGAGAGUCCCCUGAAAUCCUGCAUUGUCUUUUAAUUACAGACGACAUGCAGCAGCAGGGGCUGUAGUAACUGAUUUUGCUUUCAGUCUGGGAUCCAAUAAUUUAUGCAGGAGUGUAUUGGUGUUGAUGUUUGUCUGUGGCUCAUCUGGUGCAACUCAUUUGCUUUGGAAAGUUAUUACAGAAAGGAAGCUGGGGGGCAGUAUUCACCUUUGUCCAGCACAAACCAGAUAAAUAGGGUUAGUUUAAAAAGAUAUCGUUCACAUGGAUUGUUGUUAUAUUAACUCUUGCCUCUUCAAUACUCACUGCAGGAGGUAAUUGAAUGAUAUAAUCCACUCAUUCACUUAUUUAUUAUGUCUGAGAGUGUAUGCAGCACAUAAGGUAGAAGCUUUUUAUCCCUCUUUGCAGUUGAAGGCAAAAGCAAGUCAUACACGAUAUUGUCCCAUGUACGGGCACCUCCACCUCUCACAAUGACUUUCUUAAAGCAAGAUGGAGGCAGUUGAUAUAAAAAUACAGUUCUUACUCCAUGUGCACUCAAAAUGGAUACUGUCAUCCAGAUCAUUUUCUGCCUAAAACCACAAGAUAAUGCAUAUCAGAGUAGUGUUAUGGAGCAGAAAAGAAAAUACAAGUGAGCUUUGGAGUAAUGCAAUAUGCUACAUAUGACUGUAUAUAUGGCUGUAAAGCACAAACCAAAAGAGCAAAAAACUUCUGUGCAGCAAUUCUCUGUAUACGAAUGACUCAGAGUUUUUAUUGUUUACAUUUACACCACCAUGACUUAAAGAUAGAAAGCAGGCCAUGCACAGACUGCUUUAGCUGUUGACUCUCUCUGACCUUCGAGAUUUACUAGGUUUGUUUGACCGCUUAUUGAGCCGCAGGCAAUGUCCACAAAUUAUGUGAUUGCUGGUUUAGUGUCAAAUGGUUUGAACAGCAUAUGGACCACAAAGUGGGUGAGGAUAGGCUUGUAUGCUUACCUCACCAAAUGACCAAAUCUUGCUGUGUAGAGUUGGAUAGAUAAGAGAAUAAAAAAACAAACUUCAGAUGGCAGUAUCCCUUUUAAUAUUUUCAAGUAACCAUUUUUGGAUUAGUCAUAGGUACAUAUUGCCCCUUUUGUUUGUGGUGAACUUAUAGAAAUCAUAUAUUUAAUGUAACCAUUCUGAUUGUAUAUAUUUGUUGACAGCAGAAGUAAAAACUAUUUUUUCACCAGGCUUCCUAGCAAGACUAUAUACAGUCUUUAGAAUCCCCUUCAUAUGUAUUCAUUAUGAAAUGUUUUAGAUUAGGAUUGUCAAAACUAUGGCCUCUCUAGUUGUUGGGGAAAAACACAUUCAUUGGCUGGCUGACAAUUGGUGUUUCUGUUCCAAUAGCUGGAGUUUUUGAUUUUUUUUUUAAUGUAAAUAAAUUCUAUUUUACUGUUA